GACGCUCCCGGCCCAGUGGGAGUGCAGCCUACGCCUGGUUCGAAUCGAGUCCUGGGCGGCGGGUCGCGGGGAGCGCUGUCAGAGCUGGGGGAGACACUCGCCCUCCCAAGAGGUGCAAGAGGACGGGGUUUAGGCCGGAAGAGUCUGAGAGGAGCCAUUUUCCAGGAUGGCUGAUUUGGUUCUAUGUGAACCAAUAGAGCUUUACAACAUCUUGAAUCAGGUCACAAAACUAUCCAGAUUGACUGAACCCAACUAUCUCUGUUUAUUGGAUGUGCGUUCCAAACAGGAGUACGAUGAAAGCCAUGUGAUUACAGCCCGUCGAGUGAAGAAGGAGGCAGAUGAAUAUCUUAUCCCGGAGUCUGUGGAUCUAGAGUGUGUGAAGUACUGUGUGGUGUAUGAUAAAAAUUCCAGCUGCCUGGACCUAAUUAUAAAAGAUGACAGUGACAGCUCUGACAGUAGUAAAAACGACCUGUUUGCCGGAGGACCUGCCAUUGAAUGUGGCAGAGCCUUAGCUCACCUCACCCGCCACCCCGUCCAGAUCCUGAGAGGGGGCUAUGAGUCUUUCUCAGCCAAGUACCACUUUUUCCGGACGCAGAAGAUCAUCUGGAUGCCGCAGGAAUUGGAUGAAUUUCAGGCAUACCCUGUUGAAAUAGUGCCAGGAAGCAUCUACCUGGGAGAUUUCAGGCAAGCCUGCGAUCCUAAAAUUCAGAAGGAUUUGAAAAUCAAAGCACAUGUCAAUGUCUCCAUGGAGACAGGACCAUUUUUUGUAGGUAACUCUGACAAGCUUCUGCACAUCCAGAUAGAAGACUCCCUGGAAGCCUUCAUUUUCCCUUUUCUGCGCCACCUCUGUCACUUCAUUGAUGUCCACCUUGAACUUGGCAAUGUCAUCCUGAUAUUUUCCACCCUGGGUAUCAGUCGCAGCUGCGCGGCCGUCUUGGCCUACCUCAUGCACCAGAACGAGCAGACCUUGAAGAAGUCCUGGGAACACGUCAAGAAGUGCAAAAACAACGUGUGUCCAAAUCGGGCCUUAGUGGCUCAGCUGUCACAAUGGGAGACGAUUGUUCUCGGAGGCUUUAUCACAGAUAUCUCGGUUCCACUCGGCUGAUCUCUGUGGUCCAGCUAUGGGUCCUGAAGAACUUUGCUUGGGAGCUUCUUGUGGGUAGUGGGCCGGGAUGUGUAACCAGGUUGGUGUGGAAAAAGGCCUUUGCUACCUGGAGCCUCUUGUCAGCCUCCUGCAUUGGUUCUUCCCA